AUGACGACCGAUAGACAAGACGUCAUCGACUAUACGAUACCAUUGGUACGCGCGCGAUACUACCUCUAUUUCAAGGAACCCAACGUGCCCAUGCAAUGGAACUUAUACUUAAAAGCAUUCAGUUUUGACGUUUGGGUAACAUUAGUAAUAAUAAUAAUAGCCGCUUCUUUUCUGUUGACUAUUAUGAAAACGAAAAACGGAUAUUUCUCGAUGGAUUUAAUGUUAGAAAACUAUAUUAAAGUUUGGGGAAUUUAUUGCCAGCAGGGUCUGCCAG